CCCUCUAGUUAUGAUUGCGAGACCCGUGUGUAUACAAUGGCUGACGGUGAUCCACCAGUAAAGAAACAAAAAUUAGAAAUAAAGGAUAAAAACCUGCAUCUUUUUGAACGGUGCAAAAAACAUAAAGAUACCUUAUGCAUUGCACUAAAAGAACUUGAGACUUGGAACUUAUUUGGUUUCUGUUUUGUAAGACUUGAGCAAUGCAAUGCAGCAUUUUCGUGUUGCUUUACUCAGGCAUGGUGUGCAACACUGAGACAUGUUGAAGACGAAGAUGUCGAUGAAAAAAACAAGAAAUUAGUUUAUUUUGGGUCUGUACUUGAUGUGGAUGUUCUUAAGAAUUUCCUGAACAACCAGAGCAAAAUCAGCAAAGAGCAAGCCAAAGCUUUAGAGAAACUUGCAGACUCUCUCGAUAACAUUCAAGAAAUCAACAAAGUUCUCAAGGAAGAAUUAGAAAACAGUGAUCAAUCAGAAGUCAGAUGGGCUGUAGUUUGUGCCUCUCAUCUACUGACCAGCCUUGCUAUAACAAACCAGAUGACUGUCAGUGACACAGGCUCUCCAGCUAGAUUUCACCAGUGUCCAUGUGCUUCAGGUUGUAAGAAGCCAAUAAGGGUGGGUGACACUAGUAUUGGCCAUAAAGAUGUUUGGCAUGGUAGUGUAGACAUUUUGUUGGGACCCGUGGCAAUCGUAACUAGUCCGGAACAAGAAUUGUUUGCAGAGGGGAUUUCAACAUUUGAACUCAAAAUGGGAAAUUUGGAAGUAGGGAGACAUCAGUUGAUUGCUGAAACAAUCGUUUUUUCACAUGCCCAAAACUCAUUAGGAUAUAAGUUGGGGCUUGUUCCAACUAUUGCUCUUUCUAAAGACAGAGUGAAAGUAUUCAUGUAUGAUCCGAACAAGGAUUUGCUAUAUGAAAGUGUAGAGCUACCUUUGUUUGAUGACAGAAAUCUUUCAGUUUCAACUGUUGUAGCCCUUUGGCUUGCCAUAAAUUACAUUCAUUUUGAGGCACAUGUUCCAGCUUCACAUACAGAGUUUGGCUAUACUGCUAAUUUUAGGAAGGCUCUUCAUGAUGACAAAAAAAUGGAAAUAUAUAGAAAUAAAAUUAGGAUUGGUGGCUGUAAACAACCAAGUAGGACAAAACCUAAUCUCAUGGGAUUUUCAUACGGGAAACUUGGUUGGUUGGAUGUUAAAAGAAAGGAUGAUGAGGUCAAAUAAAAAACCUAGAUACUGCACCCGAAUAUGUUGACACAGUUUGUGAGAAAUAGUAGAAAAUUUAUCGACAAAAAUUUGACUCUUGUUUUGAAGCAUCUUAGUUUUAUUCUAGAUAAGUGCAAAAAUAUGUUUUCUCUGACCCAGAAAUCAUUGAUAAUGUUUAAAUAUGCAUUAAAGAAAUAAGAAAAACAAAACCUUUUUAUUCCUCACAGCUGUAAAAACAAUUCCCAAAAUUUGACAGUUUCAUCUCGAAAAUUCUCAGUUCCAGUGAUAUGGGUCAUAUUCCCAAAAUGGGAGUCCAGCGAGCUUAUGUGGGUGGUCGGACGGGCGGCUUUACCAAUUUUGUGUUAAUUUUUGUAUUAUUAUUACUGUCAUAUUUUCAACAGUUCUGACUCAGUCUUCAUGAAACUUAAUUAGAGGUUAUGUCUGAAUCAUCUCUUAGUGGAGAUUGAAUAUAUGCCCAUUAUAUGGGCAACCUCAGAUAAAAAAAACUAGGUCACUAUGCUAUAUCUUAGGAAUGCGUUAACACUCCUUAGACCACAGAUUUAAUCUAGUCUUUAUGAAACUUAUUCAAAAUGUUUAUAUCCAUGAUAUUUUAGAGGACUUACAACAUUGGUGCUAUUGAUACAUG